CUGGGUACCCAAAGCUUCAAGUUCCAUCCUCCCCAACAUUCCAGUCUCCUUAGUAACACUUUGCUCUACACACUGUCUUGACCUCUCCCUUCCUUCACUCCAUCCGGAUGCAUCUUCCAGGUAGGCACAGUUUUAUUUUGUUUGGUUGUUAAAGCACUUAAAACAUUGAAAUGCUAUUAAUGGAUUUUAACUUCCAGCUAGUGAAGCUAUCACUUGGCUUUAAUGGGUUAAAAGGGAAUUGUGGUGAGUAUCCGACACUGGGGGAUCAGUGGUUUCUAAAUUUUGAUAGAUGAAAUAACUUAAAAGCUUGCAUUGGCUGCCCAUAUGUUACCGGGCCAGGUUCGAAGUUCUUAUAUUAAUUUACAAGGCCUCUUUCUCCUCUAUAGCUUCAUAUCUCAUCUUUUCUUCUUCAGCCACCAACACACCAACAAACUCUCCCAAAGCUUCUCAUCUCCAUUGUGACAACUGUCUCAAACUCUGCACACUCACUCCCUCAAACCCCUUCCUAAAACAUGGAGAGGCAUGUUUUAAAGCAUUGAACAGAAAGUAUCAUAAUACCUUGCAUGGAUUUUAGCUUCCAGCUGGUGGAGCUAUUGCUUUGCUUAACUCUGCCAUAAGGAAUGUUAAGGAGCGAAAUUUCUGGUGCAAGUAUCCAGCAACAAUACAGUGGUACCUCCGGUUGCGGACAGGAUCUGUUCUGAAAGUCCGGUCGGAUCCUGAGGUUUCCGUAACCUGAGGACCGCUUCUGCACAUGCGCGCAUGGCGAAACCUGGUCCGAUACCUCCGGGUUUGCCACUUUCGUAACGUGAAGUUUAUGUAACCAGAGGGUUAUGUAACCGGAGGUACUACUGUAGUUGAGAAACAGCAGGGGGAAUAUCCAGGUACAUAGCCUCAAGCUCCUUAGAGGAAGGGGGGAACGCAAAUGGGGAGGUUAUUGGAACCCUGUGAGGGCAGUCAUAUCCUCAGACAUUUUGGCACCUGAGGCGGAUCAGAAAUUAGGGCUGGAUCUAGACACAUCAAAGAGGUGUUUCAGUUAAGUGCACUGUAAACUUUGUAUGAGAAACCGAGGUUGGCGAAAACGGGACGCCACAGCGCCAUCUGGUGUCACAGUGGUAGAAUGCAUAAACAACACAUAUAAAGUGCUUUUUCUUUGCCACUGUAGCUGAGUCCCAGGACCUCUCUGGGAAUUGUAGUUUGUUAAGGGGGCUUAAGAGAACAAUCAGUCACCCCGCUACCCCAUUUCAUUUAGCGAACCUUGAAAAAAGUGCUAUUGGGAUAAAAGAGUUGGAGAUAACAUCCCCCUCUACAACCUAUUUUCAGCCAUCUAAUUCAGAAUACUUUUCUUCUGCACUAUACUGUUAUAGGAAUUCUAAGGUCAUUAUAUAUAUAGUGGUACCUCGGGUUAAGAACUUAAUUCGUUCCGGAGGUCUGUUCUUAACCUGAAACUGUUUUUAACCUGAAGCACCACUUUAGCUAAUGGGGCCUCCUGUUGCCGCCGCACUGCCGGAGCACGAUUUCUGUUCUCAUCCUGAAGCAAAGUUCUUAACCUGAGGUACUAUUUCUGGGUUAGUGGAGUCUGAAACCUGAAGCAUCUGUAACCUGAAGCGUAUGUAACCCGAGGUACAACUGUAUUCAUAAAUGUACAAGGCAAACCCAUACAUAAGUAUAUAAACCAUGUGUCUGAAAUAGUACAAGAGAACAAUCCUGAAACUGUUUUGACUCUCCCAAAUGGACCUCAAAUAUUUCUCUACAAGGAGGAAGGAAAUAGGUAAAGCUUUCCAAUCAUCUUUGGACUGUAGGGGCUCACACCUCCCUGUAAAUACAGUCUGGCAAGUAUCUGUUAAGCUGGGCACACUGUCAAUAUGCCUAAGAGAUUCAGGAACUAAGUAUUUACCAUCUCAAAGGAAUGGCCAGGCCACCCAGAAAAGGCAAUCAGAUAAGGCAUUAUCAGGUAUCCUGGCAGACAGGAGAGAAGCAACAUACUCAAAUUUCUGCUGGGGACCACCUCUUUCUGUGAUGUAUGUAUGGUGUUUUUUUGGGAGUGGUCUUGAGCUUACAGGGUAGGCAAUUCCAAAAGUCUAUAUAAGUGCUUGCACACCAAAGUUCUGGGUUUCUCUCCUCCCUGCCUGCCUGGGGCGAGUGGGGGACCCUGUUGCAACAGGCUUACUAGCUGCUUUGCUUCUCAAUAUUCUCUAGUUGGCCUCUGUUAUUUUCCCCUACUGAUAGAGAACCUACAUAAGGACUCUGUAUAGAGGCUGUAUAGAGGCUCUUGGAUACCCCAUAAGGGAAAAAGGAGCAGGUUUUUCUUAUAACAAAUCAUAUAUGCAUAUAUACACAUACGUUUCCCCAUUUGUCUUUCCUUUGCAUAUUCCUCCCUCUGCAUUCUCCCCUCUUCCCCCUUUUUUUUCUUUCUGUGGGGUCCUCUAUCUUGGCUAUUUUAUUAUUAUCAGUUUCGUUUCAUUGCACCUUUUUCUAUUGGUUUCCUCUGUGUGUGUGUGUGUUGGAUUGAAUUAUGCUAGUGUCAUUUCUAAUGGAUGGGGUAGGGUGGUUGAGUAUGUGGUCACAGCUGAGGAAAUGUGUCGUUCUUCUUCUCGUUUGCUUUCAGCCUUUCAUUGUUUGGGCAGGCACCCCCCUCUCGAAAAAGAGCAACGAUGAGACAGCCCUAAAAUGUCUGAAAUAGAUGACAGUACAAAGGGUUUAUUUUAUGCUUUAAAAUAAAUUUGGGGCAGUGGAAGAGCGAGAAACAAACAAAUGCCUCACUUCAUAAAAAGACCCAACUCAACUGCAGGAGGAGAAAAGGACGGCGGGUUGGAAGGAGAGAAGAAGGGUUGCAAGAUUUGGGUCUUUUUAGUUUGGGGGGGGGGAAAUGUGAGCAAAGGGGCACAUGAUAAUGAUGUAUGCAAGUGAGGAAAGUGAUUAGAGAGAAGUUUGCAUCCCUCUCUCAUAAUACAGUGGUACCUGGGGUUACAUACGCUUCAGGUUACAGACUCCACUAACCCAGAAAUAGUACCUCGGGUUAAGAACUUUGCUUCAGGAUGAGAACAGAAAUCGUGCAGCAGGGGCCCAGCGGCAGUGGGAGGCCCCAUUAGCUAAAGUGGUGCUUCAGGUUAAGAACAGUUUCAGGUUAAGAACGGACCUGCGGAACGAAUUAAGUUCUUAACCCGAGGUACCACUGUACUCAAACUUGGGGCCAUCCAAUGAAGUCAAAUAUUGGAAGUUCCAAGAGAGACCCCCAAAAUAAAAUAAAAAAUCAUCUUCACACAACACUUAUGGAAUCCACUCCCACAAGUUGUAUUGAUGGGCACCAACCUGAAUGACUUUCAGCUUCAGGUUUUACACAUUUAUAAAGGGUGGCAACGGGCUAUGAUGGCUGUGUUCCAUUUCUACCACCAGAGGCAGCAGGAGAGAGCUUUUACGUUCAGCUCCUCCUUUUGGGCUUCCCAUAGGCAUCUGGUCAGUCACUGUGAGAACAAGAUGCUGGACUAUCAUGGUUUUUUGGGCUCAGCCAGCAGGGCUCAUCUAGUUUACAUUUCCCCCUCUCUGGCUGGCUUUGGGAUUCUCUGUUCCUCUGAUAUUUGUCUCUGCAGCUUCCUCGUGUGCCCUGAAGGAAAGGGAAAGAAGAUGUACAAAACUCUGGCACUGAGCUACGUCGUCGCAGUCUACCUAGCAAGCAGUCGUAAGUUAUUAUUAUUACCAUACUUUUCUGUGUAUAACAUGCCCCUGUGUAUAAGGUGCCUUCUAUUUUGGGAGACUCCAAUUUAAGAAAAUGACCCAGAGUUGUGGAGCUUUGGGGGGGGGGAUGCAGUAAACCACUAACCCGAUACAGUGGUAAGUACUUAAUUCAUUCCAGAGGUCUGUUCUUAACCUGAAGCUGUUCUUAACCUGAAGCACCACUUUAGCUAAUGGGGCCUCCUGAUGCAGUGUAGAAAAAUACCUGUCUUUAAUGAUGUACAGCGGUACCUCGGGUUAAGAACUUAAUUCGUUCCGGAGGUCCGUUCUUAACCUGAAACUGUUCUUAACCUGAAGCACCACUUUAGCUAAUGGAGCCUCCCGCUACCGCCGGAGCACGAUUUCUGUUCUCAUCCUGAAGCAAAGUUCUUAACCCAAGGCACUAUUUCUGGGUUAGUGGAGUCUGUAACCUGAAGCAUAUGUAACCUGAAGCGUAUGUAACCCAAGGUACCACUGUAGUUGAAAUCGCUGACAAUCGCUCGCGUCUGCAACAAGCGCAAACAGCAGCAGGAAAUAGCAAGCACAAUUGCCACAGCUGCAGCCAAUCCACAGCAGCCCUUUGAAGAAGCAACCAUUCAAACACACACUUAACGCACCAUCAGCCAAUACAAAGCAAGCCUUGCCACAGCCACCAAUCACACACAAAAUCACCAAUGACAACCUGCAGCUCACAGCAGCAACCAAUCACCCGUCACCCCUACCCACUACCCGUGUAUAAGACACCCCCAGUUUUUAAACCUUAUUUUAUAGUAUAAAACCCUCAUCUUAUACACUGAAAAAUACAGUAGUCCAAAUGAGGCAUAGUUGCAACAAGGGCUGCAAUCCCAUGUGGACUUAUUUCAGAGUGAAUCCCAAAGAGUUCAGGGAGACUUUGUAAACACCCAGGCGACAGAGCUGGGAUUGUUUCUUGAAUAUCAUUACGUUAGGGUUGCCAUAUGUCCUCCUUUCCCAGACACGUCCUCUUUUUCAGGAUUAACAUUUCCGUCUGGGUGGAUUUUUUAAAUUUGGCAAAAUGUCCCAGGGUUUUUGGUUGGGUUGUUUUGUUUUGUUUACAGUAACCCAAGAAUGUUUUUCUAGUGCAUUAGACCAAGUUUAUCCAACUCAAUAGAUUGCAGCCAUUCAACAAAUGAUUUUCCCCCCUCCACAGAAGUACCUCGUGGUUAUUGGCCUCUCAUAUGUCUUACCUGUGCCGACGUACAGCCAGAUGGUAAAUGUGCAAAUAAAUCAGGCAGUUGUAUCACCAAAAAGAACGAGCUCUGCUACAACCGGAUGGUCAGCUGGAGUGAGUAAUAAAGGGAAGGGAUGGUGGGAAACGAUGUAUUUUCUUGGGAGAAAGGGGUAACCCAAGGGGCAGUGUUUGGGGUUGCUCUGAGGUUUUUGUGGGCACCAGAGGGCCAGCUCAAGGGUGACCUUGAGCCUACAGGCACUACACUGGUGACCUCUGAUCUAAAUCCAACAUCAUUCAUACUUGGGAUACUUAGGGCUAUAUCCAACUAACUUCUACUAAAAAGUAAACUUGCUGAAAUUUAAAAGCCCCUUCCUUUCAAUAGAUUUACUCUGAGUAUGGCUAGCAUUGGAUGCAAUCCUAUGGCUGCAAUCCUAAGACUGGAAGGUGGACAGAUGGACUGGAGGUGGUUGAACUGCCAGGCCAAUGUCCUGCAGGGCUUUAGCCCAGAGGAAUGGUUUGUUUGUUUUUUUUAAAAAAGGACACAAGCACAUGUAGAUUUCUUUUUAGAAAAAAAUAAAAAUUACAUUGCGUUUGUUAUUUCCUUUGAUGUUCACAGACCCUCCAAAUGUCCCUAUUUUCCAUGAACAGUCCCGGAUUUACAAAAACCAUCCUUGUUUCUGAUUUGAUCCCAGAAUGUCCCACUUUUCCUUAGGACAUCCCUAUUUUCAUUGGCGAAAUCUUGGAGGGUGUAGAGUUAUGCGAUCCCUGAAUCAAGGAGAUAAGUAACUAUACAACCUUUAGAAGACAUCUGCAGGCAGCCCUGAAUAGCUUUAUUAUGCUAUUGGAAGCCACCCAGAAUGGCUGGGGCAACCUAGUCAGAUGUGCAGGGUAUAAAUUAAAAAAGUUGUUGUUGUUGUUGAACAGGGCAUCCCUAUUUUUAUCAGAGAAAUCUUGGAGGUUGUGUGUUCAGGUCAGGGAGUGUUUGAGAUAUUUCCUGCAGAACUUUAUUGGCCCUUGAAGCUCAUUCUUUGCUCAUUCUUUCUCAACUCAUCAUCACAGAUUAUGAAGUUCUGUUCGUGGACAGGGGCUGCACUUCCAAAUGUAGACGACUACAAGAAAACUCAAACUAUAGGAACUUUACCUUCUGCUGUGGCAACACCCCUAAGUGCAACAAUGUGAACAUCUGGGAUGAUUCCAAGUACAGCUAAUAGAAGCUGGAGCAGUAACCUGCCCAUCUCUAAUUCAGCACUUCUGUAUAUAUGGAGAACGUGAACUCUUUGUCCAAUAAACUCAUCUUUGAGCAGAC